CCCUCAAAUAAAUAAAUAAAGUCUUAAAAAAAGAAAAGAAAAGAAAAUGUAAACUUUCAUGGAGCAAAUGUAAAUCUUCUCCUCCUGGUUUCCAGGUUUGCUCUCAUGCCAGCCAGGGACUUGGAAUUGUCUCCCAGAAGCCUCCACAUUUAGAUCCUUGCUGUAGCUGGAGAGUUGUAUUUUGUGUGUAGUACAAAAAGGGGCUUUAUCUUUCCUCCUGUUUUAGGUUGGCAUUUGUCUUAGCUCGGGUUGCUCUAACAAAAUGCCAGUGACUUGGCAGCUUCAACAACAGAAAUUGAUUUCCUAACAGUUCCGGGGGCCAGAAGUCUGAGAUCAGGGUGCUGUCGGGGUCUGGUUUGCCGCAGCUCUCCACCUGGCUCUCACCGUGCUCUCAGGUGGUCUGUCCUCAGAACUUGCCGAGGGGAGAGAGAUCUCCUUUGUCCUCUUCUCAGAGACCACCAGGCUUGUCAGAUCAGGGCCCACCUUUAUGACCCCACAUAGCCUCAUUUACCUCCUAAAGACCCCGUCUCCAAACACAAUCACGCCGGAAGGCUUCCACAUAGGAAUUUCAGGGGGACACAGUUUAGUCUGCGGCAACAUUGAGAGCUAUCUAAAAGAACACUUUUAGAGCUAAAGGUCAAAGCUCUUGUGACCCCAGAGGAUGUCCCCUCUCUUCCCAAGACUGUCUGAUAGCCAUCUCAGGGCUUGAAAUUCCACACCCCGGUGUAUAACCAUGGGUGCUGAUGCAGACCCAGGGUUUCCAGAGAAAUGUGGUGACCCCUGGGAGCUUGGCCGCAUGCCAGUCACUCCCAACAAACAGGGAGAUGGGAGCCAGGCCUCCCCUGUUUGAUUUAUUCUUCAUUCUUAUGUCUAAUGUCGUGCCUUUUCUACGAUUUAAGCCAGACUCCCAGGGCGCCCACAUCUUUGAAGAGCGAACCACCCUUGCCACCUUAGGUCGGCACCCUGAUGGGUUUUGAGAGCUUAUUUGCUGGCAAGGGGGACCCAGGGUGGGAUUGGAGUAUGGAGACCAAGAGGAGCAUUGGGGAUGGCAACCUGGGGACUCUAGAGUGGGUGAGGAGCCCUAUCAGCAGAAGAGCCUGGGGUUCUAGAACAGGAAUGCAUGCAAGUGUCAGUGACCCCUGCCGGGGAAGGUGGAAGCAGGAAUCAGUGACUUUCAAGGAUGUGGCUGUGGACUUCACCCAGGAGGAGUGGGGCCAGCUAGACUCCCCUCAGAGGGCCUUGUACCGUGAUGUGAUGCUGGAGAACUACCAGAACCUUCUUGCCCUGGCAGGACCCCCAGUCUGCAAGCCGGAUGUGAUCUCCCACCUAGAACGAGGCGAGGAGCCUUGGUGGAUGCCCAGAGAAGUCCCUGGAGGGUCUUGUCCAGAGGGGGAGCCCGGGCCUGGGGUGAAGGACAAGUCAUGUCAACAGCAGGGUGUUUACAAGGAAGAGCCUUGCCAGGAGCCGAUCACCAAACCACUGGGGAGGUCCAGCGUCCUCAGCUCCAGCAGCAGCGAGUGGGCCAGCGAGGGCCUGGCGGCUGCUCCAGGGAAAGGCGAGGCUGUGCUGCGGAGGCUAGCACCGGGCAGCUCGGGGGACAUUCCCCCAGAGGGGCGCUGGCACAGCUGCAAGGCAUAUGAGGAUUUCCCCGCUGGGUGCACUCUCUUCACCCCUCAGACCAUUCCUGCAGAAGGAGACCCUCCUGACAGGCGCACCGCGAGCUUCCAGUCUGGUGGACGGAGAGGGGGCCCGGGGAGAGGUCCCAGCAAGUCCAGUGACCGCGGCGAACACCCACCCUCGAGCGGGCGGCAGGGAGUGGCGGCGGGGGACGGCCUGUUCGUGUGCGGCGAGUGCGGGAAGGCCUUCCGCCAGAGCUCAUCACUGACGCUGCACCGGCGGUGGCACGCCCGGGAGAAAGCCUACAAGUGCCACGAGUGCGGCAAGGCCUUCACGUGGAGCACCAACCUCAUCGAGCACCAGCGCAUUCACACCGGGGAGAAGCCAUUCUUCUGCAGCGAGUGCGGCAAGGCCUUCAGCUGCCACUCGUCGCUGAACGUGCACCACCGGAUCCACACAGGGGAGCGGCCCUACAAGUGCAGCGCCUGCGAGAAGGCCUUCAGCUGCAGCUCGCUGCUCAACAUGCACCUGCGUGUGCACACGGGCGAGAAGCCCUACCAGUGCAGCGCCUGCGGCAAGGCCUUCAACCAGAGGACGCACCUGACGCGCCACCAGCGCAUCCACACCGGCGAGAAGCCCUACCAGUGCGGCGCGUGCGGCAAGGCCUUCACCUGCCACUCGUCCCUGACCGUGCACGAGAAGAUCCACAACGGGGACAAGCCGUUCAAGUGCGGCGAGUGCGGCAAGGCCUUCAGCAGCCGCUCGCGCCUCACCCUGCACCAGCGCAUCCACACGGGCGAGAAACCCUUCAAGUGUGGCGAGUGCGGCAAGGCCUUCAGCUGCCACUCCUACCUCGUCGUGCACCAGCGCAUCCACAGUGGGGAGAAGCCCUUCAAGUGCAACGAGUGCGGCAAGGCCUUCAGCUCCCACUCCUACCUCAUCGUGCACCAGCGCAUCCACACCGGCGAGAAGCCCUUCGACUGCAGCCGAUGCUGGAAGGCCUUCAGCUGCCACUCGUCGCUCAUCGUGCACCAGCGCAUCCACACCGGGGAGAAGCCCUACAAGUGCAGCGAGUGCGGCAAGGCCUUCAGCCAGAAUCACUGUCUCAUCAAACAUCAGAAAGUCCACUCCGGGGAGAAGUCGUUCCGAUGUAACGAGUGCGGGGAGAUGUUCGGCUGGAGCGCCCACCUUGCGGAACACCGGAGAAGACACAGUGAGGAGAAACCCUUCACCAUCGAAUUUAACAAGCACUUACUGAGCACCUACUAUGUGCCGGGAGGCCUGCUGGGCACAGGGGACGCGGGUGUGAGCAGUGUAGACGCGAUGGAUGCCCUAGACGUGGCAGAGCUCCUGUGUGCCGUGCAGCCCCCAGCCGGCAGGACAUCCCCGCUGGGCAGCAAGCCUGGAAAUUAGUGUGGCAUGCCCGCCCCUUGGCUUUGCUCCUUCCCCAGAAAGGGUAAAGCACAGCAGCUGAGAUACAUACAGCCUACUCAUGCCUCUGGUUUAGAGACUGGCCCUGCUGCCUGUGCCGAUGACCCACGCACUGGCACCACUCUCUCAGAAGUCAUCACCACCCCAGGAAGUGCUCCACUGUAGGAAAGAAGAGCUGAGGGCCAUCUGAGGGUGUCCCAUCGGCCUGCUUUCCUUAAUGGGCUUGCAAGACACUGGGUCUCUCCUGUAGGCAGAAAGAAGGUUUAGUGAUCAUUGUGUCCUCGGACGGCUCCUGGUAGGAUCUCGAUCAGGAAUUUCCUUUGUAUGUUAUGUUUAGAAGGAUAAUGAUAAUAAUAAAAACAAACAGAAGAAUUAUUAACAGUAUUCCAAGUGAACAUUAGUAUAUUCCAGGAGGGGAGAAUGAUCUCAAAUGGUGGGGGUUUAGGAAAAGGCAGAUUUCCUGGACUCACCUCCCUGCAGCAGCUUUACAACAGUCUUCUGGUAGCGACAGCUCUCCGUCUCAGGAGCACAGCCCAGCUUCGGAGUAGCCAGGUCCUGAUGUGCCGGCAUCGGGCCUGGCCAUCUGGUCCCCACUGGGAAAUGGUGAGCACACAGAUGGAUGCUCGGCGUCCAUCCAGGGCCUGGUGCUGGGAUAGAUGUGUCUAGAAGCGCACCUUCUCCUCGAAGGGCCUCCCUCUGCUCCAGGGAGUUCAACUUGCUGGCUCAGCCCUGUGGGAGGAAGCCCUCCACGGGACCUGUGCCCAUGCUCUCUGCAGAGGUGGGUGGGCUUCAUCUGGAAUUAAUGUUCCUUCCGCUCAGUCCUAAUCAAGUCUAAGCUGCUUUCUCAGUGAUAAUACUUUACAUUUAUAUAGAGAGCUAUAGUUUCUGAAGUGCUUUUUAGUAUACUUUUUAAAUUAUGGCAGCAAAAUAACCACAUUUCAGGAAAUGUGGAAGUCAGGAAAAAGGCCCCCCGUAAUUCCUAAUAAACUGCAUUUCGCACUUUGAUACAUUACCUUCUGCUUGUUUCAAAGUGGAUUUUUACAUUACUGCAAACAUAGUGUAUACAUCAUUUUAAUCUUUUUUUUUUUUCCAUCUAGCUGCAUAGCAGACUUUUUUCCCCACAUCACUGAACUGUCUGGAGUUGUAAUUCCCAAUGGAGGCAUAGGAUUCUAUUAUAUGUUCUUUUGUUGGAUGUUGAAGUUAUUUCCAUGUUUUCACUAUUAUAGAUCAUUUCACUGUUACGAACCAUUCUUCACAGAGCAUCUUUUUGCAUUAUACUCCUUUAGCAUUUUCUUAGAUUUCUAAAAGCGAAAGUUUUGUGAUAAGGAAAUAACCUCAGGAACCAUUUUUUAUAUGGUUUUGGUGGUGUGUAAAGUCACACCAUUUCAUUAUGAAGAGAUCAGCCAGCAAUAGUGCUCAGGUGGGAGCGUCCCCUGUGCCGGGGAGACUCCGGCUCAAAGCUGGGUGUCCAGACAGUCUUCAUUCAGGUCACGGUGACCACACAGUGGUGCUCCCGGACCCCUGCCACUCCACCGCAGCCCUCCAGAGUGUGCAGGCGGCCUCCCAGGGCUGCAUCGUGGCCAUCAUAGACCCUACGUGACAAGUAGGAAAAGUCCUAUUGCACAGCUGCAUUUGUAAAAGACAAAUACAAUCGGGGCUUAUUUCGUCAUCAUCACACACUCCUUCUAAUUUCAAAAGAACUUACAGUGAAAACAUCUCUGCAGGGCCCCGGACACCGCAGCUGCUGUCAGCCCUGCAGUGAGGGCUUCUGUGUGCUCGGCUAAGUGACGGCUUAUCAUCUCCGUACUUUGCACCUUCAAUGGUGACUGAGGCUGAAUAUUGAACAUGCUGUGAUUCUUGGUCUUUUGUCUUGAAAAUGAUUUGAAAAUACCCUUCCCCCUCUUCAUUGGAGACUUGAUGUUUUUCUUUCAUUUACAUGUAAACUUUUUUUUUUCCUGACUAUAUAAGCAAUAUGUAUGUGCUGAAGAAAUUUGGAAAAAUAGAAAAUAGUAAGAAAAUACCCCUUGGUAUCAGUUCAUAGGCCACUGCCAGAGGUACACUUACUUCUGUUUUUUUUUCUGUGCUCAUAUAAUACGCCUUUGCUUUUAAAGCAAAACUAGAUUCAUUCUUUGGGUGUUAUUUCUGUCUUUUUCCAUUUAAUGUUUUAUGAUGAGCAUUUUCCACACUACAGAGUAUUUUUCAGAAACAUUGACGUUCCCAUUAUGGCAUGAUUGAUCUAUUCCUUUAUUGUGGAACAUCAUUAUCUGUACUUAUAAAUAUUUCUGGAACAUAAGCCCAUUUGGCCCUUCAAUCAUUUCCUCAGAAUAAAUUCUGAGAAGUGGAGUUCAUGGGCAGAGUUCACAAACCUUGCAAAGCUGUUUCUAGGUCGAACCCAGCAUGACAUUCUUAAUUCUCCCACACGGGCCCCAAGAGCAUCCUUUUCCCUGCACCCGUGUGCACACUUGGCAUCAUGUCCACUUUUUAUAUUUACUGUUUUGAUACAUCAAGAGUGUUAUUGGUUCAUGUUUUUUUUUACCUUUUUCUUCUCUUCGUAUGAAUUGUCUAAUUCCAGUCUUUGUUCUUUACACACACACACAAAGCACAUUGGCACAUACCUUUUUAUCUUUGUUACCAC